AUGUCUAAGCUCUCCCCGCUCGGUCGGCUCCUCCAGGGGUCCCUUGCUUCAUUUUUUUUCCGCGAUUCGUCUGACAGGCCCCGCAAUGUACUGACGCUCGGUCUCCUAGUCGCAAAUAUGCUCAACAAGCUGUCCGGGCAGCCAGAGAGCUACGAAAAGAAGGCUCUCUAUAAAUUCGGACGGACGCUGGGUGCAGGUACAUAUGGAAUUGUUCGUGAGGCGGAAGGCACCGAAAAUCAGAAGGUUGCGGUGAAGAUAAUCUUGAAGAAAAAUGUCCGUGGUAAUGAAAACAUGGUCUACGAUGAGCUUGAGAUGCUGCAAUCACUCCAACAUCCCCAUAUUGUCUCUUUCGUCGACUGGUUCGAAUCUAAGGACAAAUUCUAUAUCGUUACACAGCUAGCCACUGGUGGCGAGCUGUUCGACCGUAUCUGCGAGUAUGGCAAGUUCACUGAGAAGGAUGCGUCGCAGACCAUCCGCCAGGUGCUUGAUGCCGUGAACUAUCUGCACAAGCGCAACAUCGUUCACCGAGACUUGAAACCCGAGAACCUCCUCUACCUCACCCGUGCCGCCGAUUCUCAAUUGGUCUUGGCGGAUUUCGGUAUUGCGAAGAUGCUGCACGACCCCUCUGAGGUAUUGACCAGCAUGGCCGGCUCCUUUGGAUAUGCUGCCCCCGAGGUCAUGCUCAAGCAGGGCCACGGCAAGGCUGUCGAUAUGUGGUCUCUCGGUGUUAUCACCUAUACCCUCCUAUGCCGCAUCAUCUUCCACGAGCGGUACUGGCGCGACGUAUCUCAGGAUGCCAAAGAUUUCAUUCUCAGUCUCCUGAAUGCGGACCCCAGCAAGCGAGUUUCCUCCGAGGAAGCCCUCAAGCACGUGUGGCUGACCGGAGAGACUGCGAGCGACCGUGACUUGCUGCCUGAAAUCCGCACCUACAUUGCACGUGCCCGUCUCCGCCGCGGAAUCGAGAUCGUCAAGCUCGCCAACCGUAUCGAGUCGCUCAAGAUGCACGAGGAGGAGGACGGGGAGGAUAUCCCCAGCCCCAUGGACAUGGGCGCCUCAUCCGAAGAGCCGAGUGUGGAGGAACCCCCCUGCUCCAAGCGACGAUGCCAGUCCUACCAGCCCUACCCCCGGCCACGCGAAGAAGAAGAGUCUGGCUAG